UAACAGGGGUUCGGAAUGCGCAUGCGCCCCACAGGCCUUAGCCGCUCACGUCUCCUCCGAGAGGAGUCCCGCCCCUCAACCUCGUCCAACGCAGGGUCACGAGCGAGUGCUGAAAAGGCGCUUGAACAAGAGCUGCUGUGUUGGUUCUUCUUCGGCGCUUCGCAUGGGGCCGGCGGAGGGAUCGGCAGGGCGCGCGCCGAGCAUCGCUUAAGCUCGCUAGUCGAGGUCGCUCUCGUGAUGAGGCGCGGGGAGCGGAGGAGUCACGGAGGCGCCUCCGGCAAAGCGGCGCUGGAGGAAGGGCAGCCGCCGUCUUCGCUGCCGCCGCCGCCCCCCAACGGCGCUUCUCUGCCUGUUGGAGAGGGGCCGCGCGGGGACUCGCCGCCAGUGGCAGCAGCUGCAUCGGCGGCAGCAGCAGCACCAGACGCCGCUGUCGUCACUCAUGGCGACCGGCGCAGCACCGAGUCCGAAGUGUACGACGACGGGACCAACACCUUCUUCUGGGAAGCUCACACCUUAACAGUCCUGUUUAUCCUUACUUGCACCCUGGGCUAUGUGACCUUGCUUGAAGAAACGCCACAGGACACAACCUAUAACACAAAGAGAGGUAUUGUAGCCAGCAUUUUAGUUUUUUUGUGUUUUGGAGUCACUCAAGCAAAAGAUGGUCCAUUUUCAAGACCCCAUCCAGCUUACUGGAGGUUUUGGCUAUGCGUCAGUGUUGUCUAUGAGCUUUUUCUCAUCUUCAUACUUUUUCAGACUGUACAUGAUGGAAGACAGUUUAUGAAAUUUAUAGAUCCUAAUUUAGGAGUCCCUUUACCAGAAAGAGACUAUGGUGGAAAUUGCCUUAUAUAUGACCCCAAUAAUGAAACAGAUGCCUUUCACAAUAUUUGGGAUAAACUAGAUGGAUUUGUUCCUGCUCAUUUUCUUGGUUGGUAUUUAAAGACACUAAUGAUUCGGGAUUGGUGGAUGUGCAUGAUUAUCAGUGUAACGUUUGAGUUUCUGGAGUACAGUCUAGAACAUCAGCUUCCAAAUUUCAGUGAAUGUUGGUGGGAUCAUUGGAUUAUGGAUGUAAUCUUAUGCAAUGGACUUGGCAUCUACUGCGGAAUGAAGACAUUGGGGUGGCUUUCUUUGAAAACAUAUAAAUGGCAAGGACUUUGGAAUAUUCCCACAUACAAAGGUAAAAUGAAGAGAAUUGCCUUUCAAUUCACACCAUACAGUUGGGUUAAAUUUGAGUGGAAGCCAGCAUCCAGCCUUCGCAGAUGGCUAGCAGUGUGUGGUAUUAUUUUUAUUUUUUUAUUGGCAGAGUUGAACACAUUUUACUUGAAAUUUGUCCUAUGGAUGCCUCCAGAACACUACUUGGUCCUGCUGCGACUUGUCUUUUAUGUGAAUGUGGGAGGAGUAGCCAUGAGAGAGAUCUAUGAUUUCAUGGAUGAUCCGAAAUUCCAUAAGAAGUUGGGUCAGCAAGCUUGGCUGGUUGCUGCUAUCACAGCUACAGAGUUCCUUAUAGUGGUAAAAUAUGAUCCAUACACUUUAACACUGUCACUCCCUUUCUACAUUACUCAAUGUUGGAUCCUUGGAAUCAUGCUUGUGCUUGCGUGGACAGUUUGGCGCUUUUUCAUUCAUGACAUCACCUUACGGUAUAAAGAGAUAAGAAGGCAAAAGCAAGAACAUAAAUUUGGAAAGGAUAAGUAUUUAAGCAAUGGUGAUGGACAAUCUGUACUGGAUACCACUAAUAUUCUCCUCUUAAACAAAGGACGCUUUCAGGAAAAGAAAAAAAAUCCAUAUAAAUGAAUGUUGAAAGGUUCACCAGAAGCCACAGGUUGAAAUUCUUCAUUGAGUACCUAGUACAUUUCAAUUUAAGAGUUACAUAGCCUUUAUCUGUUUUGUACUAGUAGAUUCUGCCCCUCUUUGUAAUUUUGUAUUGUAAAGUCUUUCAUGUAAUUCUGGUGGUAACAAGUGCAAUGGGGAAAAACUUGAAAAUAAUUUUGUUUUGUUUUUUGUUGAGGAAGUAAUUGUGUAAAAACUGAAGUAUGUGAAAAAUGCUACUUUUGUUUUCAAAAUUGAAGUUGACUUACUCUCAAACCAUUACUUUCAUACUGAUCUUUAUGUUCAUGAAACAGUCUUAAAAUUAUAGUAUGGCAAAUUGAACAAAUGUAAUAAAAGAGUAUUUGCUGGUA